GCACCAGAGCAGAUAUAGAAAGAAAACCUAAGUAGAAAAGUCUGCUUCUUCUAUCUACUGUCUACACUGAAUACAAAUUGUCAAACCGUUUUGCUUAAUUUAAUAAUCCUUCUCCUAAAUCCUAAUCUAAUUCAUAAUCCUCGCCCUUUAAACCUAAAUCCGUCCUCACACACACCAAGGGCCUUUGUCAUCUUCCUUCCUCCACGGACCACACCUAAAAACAAAGUUAGAAAAGGAAACGGAAAAAGAAAAGGAAACCAUUUAUCAAAAUCAAACGAGAGAGAAGGAAAAAAAAGGAGUAAACGCAAAGUCACCACCCGCCCCAUCUCAUCUCAUCCCAAUUUCAAUUUCCUGAGACUGAGGGCACUUUUUGGAUUUGGAUCCAGGCUCCAACAUCAUCGGCAACAGAUAUCUAAUCAGAUGAGAUGGUGAAGUGGAGAAUCCUCCUCCCCGAAAACAGGAUGACCGUCUAUUUCGCCAGAUGGUUUUCCGAUCUCGAUUGGCGCCUGCUUCUCUUACUCAUCCCUACCCUCUCUUUCAUACUCUUCCUCUCACUCUCCUCUUUCUCUUCUUUUUUCUCUCCCACCAACAUCCCUUUUGCUCCCAUCCGAUCCUUCUUUCGCGGCGGCCGCGCCUUCCAGUUCCUAGUGCCGCCCAACAACUUCAAUUCAACUCCAAUUGCUUCGCCUACUUCUUCACCAACGGCAACGGGGACCCCAAAUCAAAAUCGGACAGAGUCGUUGAACAAGAAGAAGGAGGAUGAUGAAUUGGGUCGCUCCAGAAUCGCCGUCUGCUUGGUUGGUGGGGCCCGGAAGUUCGAGCUCACGGGGCCGUCCAUCCUCGACAAGAUUCUCAACAAAUAUCCCAAUUCGGAUCUUUUCCUGCACAGUCCUGUUGACCCCAACGCCUUCAAGUUCUCGCUCCUCAAGUCGGCUCCAAGGAUCGCCGCCGUCAAAAUCUUCCACCCCAAAACGAUGCCCGAGACCGAGUUCCAGCACCGAGUCCUAACCGCCCACGACUCGCCCAAUGGCAUCCAGGGUCUAUUGCAAUAUUUCAACCUGGUGGAAGGCUGCCUAACUAUGAUCCGAGCUUACCAAAAACAGAACAACUUCACCUACGAUUGGAUUGUCCGAACCCGCGUUGACGGUUACUGGAACGCCCCCCUCCACCCCAAGUACUUCGUGCCCGGUCAGUACCUGGUCCCACCAGGCUCCAGCUACGGCGGACUCAACGACCGCUUUGGAGUUGGCGACCUCAACACCUCCACUGUCGCCCUCUCGCGCCUCUCCCUCCUUCCCCAGCUCGACGCAGCCGGAUUGCACCAACUGAACUCCGAAACCGCCUUCAAGGCCCAACUCACCACCCAAGGGGUACCUUACGUCACUAAACGACUCCCCUUUUGUAUUGUAACAGACCGCAAGUACAAGUUCCCGCCACACCGCUUUGGAGUGCCGGUGGCGUCCUUGUCAAGUCCAGGGCUAUUGAGCGGGGCCAAGUGCAGGCCUUGCACGCCUGUAUGCCAAGGCCCAUGCGUGGGCGACGUGAUGCAGUCUCUCUACAAAGGUUGGAGCUGGACCCACUGGGCAAACGGCACCCUUGAGCUCUGCGAUGCCCAUGACGCUUGGGAAAAGGAUUGGGAGAUCAAAUUUGACCGAGUUGCUGGGAAGAAACUGGCUGCCGAGAGAAAGCGAGUUGCAGGCAUGACGACAGAGCAAUGCAUUCAUGAUUUCAACCAAAUGAAGAAGCGAACUGCCAACUGGGACGCACCCCCGGCAGAACAGAUUUGUAGCCACUGAACAACAACAAAUACAGAGCGACAACGAUAUGGGAAAGAAAUGAUUUUGGAUUCGUACAUUCUCUUGAUUUAAUCAUAUAGAACGUCUUUCUAUAAAGGAAAUUAAUCAACACAACGCACAGGCUUUACAGCUCUAA